GUUUUUUUCCUUCUGUUUUUUUCUGUUUACGUCACUCAUUUUACAAAAUGGAAAACUUAAAGUAUCGCAUUAUUUACGAAUACGAGUUCCGCCGUGGCACUAGUGCUGCGGAAACGACUCGAAGGGUGAAUGAUGUGUAUGGCGGUCAUGUUGCAAAAGAAAACACAGUUCGUUUUUGGUUCCAACAUUUUCGUUCUGGAAAUUUCGACCUGCAGAACAAGCCCCGUGGACGGCCUGAGACCCAAGUUGAUAAUGAAGUAUUGAAGGCUAUUGUGGAAGCGGAUCCAUCGCAAACCACGUCCGAUUUAGCUGCAGGCUGCUGUGUUAGUGAUAAAACUGUUUUAAUUCACUUGAAGCAAAUUGGGAAGAUUAAAAAGCUUGAAAGAUGGGUACCUCACGAAUUGACUGAAGCAAACCGGCAAAAGCGCGUCGACUGCUGCGUUACAUUACUGAACCGGCACAAUAAUGAAGGUAUUUUAAACCGAAUCAUUACCUGUGAUGAAAAAUGGAUUCUUUACGAUAAUUGGAAGCGCUCAGCACAAUGGUUGGAUCCUGGCCAGCCAGCCAAAUCCUGCCCCAAGCGAAAAUUAACCCCAAAAAAGUUACUUGUAAGCGUUUGGUGGACUAGUGCCGGUAUUGUUCAUUGCAGUUUUCUCAAAUCUGGCCAGACUAUUACGGCUGAUGUCUAUUGUCAGCAAUUGCAAACCAUGAUGGAAAAGCUAUUAUAA